AAAAUUUUUGAAUGCUUGUUUACCUUUCUGGUUAGUGGUUUCACGUUUGAUUUCUUGCAUUUGACUGCCUUUUUGAAGUUAUUAAAAUUGAAUGUAUUCCUAUUAAUAUUUUAUUUAGUACAGUUCCAUAUUUAAAAGUUAAUAAACUCAGUAUGGCACGAUUAUUCGACCAGUUUAUGAACCGAUAGCAAGACUUUGCAGUGGACAACACUCACAACAGUCACUGAUCCGGUUGAGUGUUUUAUUUUGUCCAUGUGUCCAUGUCAUUUUAGUUUCUUUUUGACGAUACACAGCAGUUACCGAUAGAGUAUUUGUGAAACAGUUCUUACUUUGCUCAGUAACUCCCGGGUUUGUUGGUUGCUAAAAUUCGUAAAUUCUUGAAAUGGGAACAAAUCGCACGGUCACAUCUCCGCCGCGAUCAUAUGCGGACAUGGCAAAACAGCUGGACUGCUACGACACCCUGAAACAUCUGUCCAACGAGGAACUGCGUCAGCUUGUGGACAACGAGGAACGUGUGCAUUCCCUCGUGCUGGACUGUCCGGAUUUGAUAUGAGUAUCCGACCAAAAGCAGGAGAUGAUAGCGGAAAACCUGAGUAUGGCGGAGUAUAAUCUCGCACGCGAAAGGGAAUUGCAGGAGGCACGUGAACGCCUAAUCGCAUCUUGUUCUCGUAUAACACUUAUUUUAUUUCAACGUGCCACAAUACUCGUGCUGAAUCGUACCGUUAGUGCAUUUUGGUUCAAGUUUUCGACAAAAUUGUUUUUGAAACUACUUCACCUUUUCCCACGACUCUCACGAGUAAUUCUACUAUUUUCUCAACAGAGAAUAGCUCAAGAAUUUGUGGAUGGAGAGAAAACCAUUGACGCAUUUCUGUUGGAAUACAUCCCGAAACGAACGGAAGUCCAUGUACGAACGAUAAAAGUCGAAAAGUUUGACCGGUAUCUCCGCGGUGGAUCUGCAAGCAGUCAACAGACGUUUUAUUAAUGACAGUUAUAAAUUCAAUUGAUUCUGAUGACUUCUUUUUGCGUUUUCUGUGUCGACAUGUUGGUCACAAGUUUACAAACAUGGCAUAAGCAGUUCCAUGAUUUCUCCAUUUUUGAUGUGUUUUACUUUUCACAAUCUUUUUUUAUGCAAUAGUUUCGAUUUUUUUUGUUUUGAGUAGAAGUAUCAUUUAUGACAUGCAUUAUGCGGGCAUCAUGAGUUGAUUAUUAUUUCGUCAAAUUCCCCGGAUAAAGGUCAGUAUUAUGAA